UAGGGGGUUAGUGAUCGUAGUGAAUGUUAUUAGUGCCGUCAAGGGCCCAUUAAAGGGCUUCAGCCCAUUAUCCAUAAAGGUCACAACUGACAACUGAUUAUCUUCACCUUCUAUUAUUCAUUUGUUAAUGUGAGUUUAUUCCUGCUAUUCUUAUGGGUUUUAGAAUUCGUCUUCAUUCAUCUAUUCUGUUAGUCGUCAAGUUUUUUUGUGUGUUUAAUUCGAAACAGCAAGAAUAUAAAAAUAGGAUACUUAAUUGAUUGCUUUUUUCGGACUUUUUGGUUAGAAAACAAGUAACUUGUUGUAUACGUAAUCGAAAAUGACGCUAACCUUCAAGACUUCUUCUCCUAGCUCGAACCGAUCAACACCGAAACCCUUCCCCGGAGAUGAUGAUUCUCACUUCCUUCACUACAGAAGCUACAGAGCACACACGACCACACUCUUCUUCGUCCUCGUCUCUCUCUCCCUCUUCGUCAUCUUCUCUCUCUACUCUUCCCCAAACGCAAUCUACUUCGCCACGACACGCCAGGCUAAACCAGGGACAGUCACCUACGUGAUCAACGUCCGAGACUCGAGCCAUAUCCGCAGGAUCAAAGCAGAGGGCGUCCUCUGGCCAGGAUGGGAGGUUAUGAUGAUCGCUUCACCUGAGGAGAACGUCAUGCUACCGCUUCACGGAGAGAACAACUACACGUGUUUUUACCCUAACGGCGAGAAAUUAACGGCGAAGUUCUCCGUUACUCUCCCGUUCACGAACCGUACCACGUUCAAAUGCAAACUCCCCGGAGUAUACCGCCACCACCACCCGAUCCCGACUCCGAUCCUCGCCUCCUCGCGGUCCUUCGAGCUUUCCCCGGAGACGCGGUGGCCUGACCUCCCUCUGUGGAACUUCGUGGUGUUCGACACCAUCUCCACGGAGCACGACGUCGUUUUAUUCGUCAAGGGGCCGAACCGAGGGCUGGGGUCGAACAAACCGCCGGGGACGUUUCGGUGCGUGUUCGGCGAGGAGUCUGACUCCGCCGUUAGAACCGUCGUGACUAGCUCCGUGCAAGAGGUUUUCCGGUGUCCGUUUCCUAACGUGACGAUGGAUUAUCCGGUGAAAAUAUACCUAGAGAGGGUGGCGACGGAGAAGGAGGCCAUGAAAGUGGUUCCAUCAGUGGCGUAUUUUAGCCCCAAGCGUAGGUUAGUGGAGACACGUGAGAAGGCACUACUGUGCGCGACGACGAUGGUGUACAAUGUAGCCAAGUAUCUGAGAGAGUGGGUGAUGUAUCAUGCAACGAUAGGAAUACAAAGAUUCAUUAUAUAUGAUAAUGGUAGCGACGAUGAGCUAAACGACGUCGUUGAGGGGUUGAAGAGCGAAAGAUACGACGUGACGAAAGUGUUAUGGAUAUGGCCCAAGACGCAGGAGGCUGGGUUCUCCCACGCGGCGGUUUACGGUAACGAUUCGUGCACUUGGAUGAUGUAUGUCGAUGUCGAUGAGUUUCUAUUCUCUCCGGUUUGGAGUAACCAGUCUAAACCGUCGGAUCAGAUGAUUAGAUCUCUUCUACCGUCGGACCAAAGCAUGAUUGGACAAGUGUCGUUUAAGUCACUCGAGUUUGGGCCUUCGAAUCAGACAAGGCAUCCAGCUGGCGGUGUGACGCAAGGGUACACGUGUCGACGAGAGGAAGAGCAGCGGCACAAGUCGAUCGUGUUGCUGAGCGCGGUGGAGCAUUCGCUGUACACGGCGAUCCACCACUUUAGUUUGAAGGGAGAGUACGAGUGGCGAGUGGCGGACACGGAGGAAGGAGUGGUGAACCAUUACAAGUACCAAGCGUGGCGGGAGUUUAAGGCUAAGUUUAAACGGCGUGUUUCGGCUUAUGUUGUGGAUUGGACUAGAGUUUCAAAUCCUACGUCGAGAGAUCGGACUCCUGGGUUGGGCUUUAAACCCAUUGAGCCAGAAGGAUGGGCCCAAAAGUUCUGUGAAGUCAUGGACAUGAGAUUGAAGAGGUUAACCAGAAAAUGGUUUGGACACCCAGAGAAAAACGGGUAUAGAAUGGCUUGGCAAAGAUGAAAAUGGUUGUUAAUUGUAUUAAUAGAAUAGUUGUUUGGCGACAAUUUUUUGUUUAUUUAAAAAAAAAAAACAGAACUGAAAACUUUGGGUUUAGAAAUUCUGAAGCUGAACUACUUCACAAUCUCAUUCGACAUUUUUUUCAAAAAUAUGAUUGUGCAAUAUAUACUUUUCAGUGUUUAGAAUAAUAUAAUGUACAGUAAUGUUUACAGUACUAACCAAAAAGUCAUAGAAAUAAAUCAACAAUUAGAAACAUUAUCUAACUUGAUUUUGAUAUGUCCAUUUAUAGUCAGAUUUUACUUUGCAGCAUUUAAACUAUUUAACACUUGCCUAAAAAAGUGAGUAAGCCUGUUUAGGAUAUGAAUCUCUAAUUUUAGGCUUUUUAGAAGAGAAUAUAAAUUCCUAGUUAAAGAAAUAAAAGCUAUGAUUUGUG